AUGCGCACAAAUCCACAAUUGUGCCUCCUAUGGCUUAUAUGCCUGACUCGAGCGACAUCACUUUACAAUCAUGAGAUCAAAGAGCUGACUCCGAGAACGCCGUCAGCAUUGCCAAAGAGACAAGACAUUGGCUCGGCUCAUUACCCUAUCACUGGAGUGCAGAACGCUGGGACGCCACCAAGGCUCGAGAUUCGGCAACUGCAACAGCGUCCUGAUCUGUUCAACAUCUUUUUGCUUGGACUUGCAAGAUUCCACGUCACACCGCAAGAUGACAAGCUUUCUUAUUACCAGAUGUGCGCAAUUCACGGCCGUCCUUAUGGAAUGUGGGACAAUGUGCCUCCAGCGAAUGGCACUGAAGACAAUGGCUAUUGCGUCCAUGUCUCCAACCUCUUACUGCCUUGGCAUCGUCCAUAUCUUGCUCUGUUUGAGCAGCUGCUCUUCAAUCACAUGACAGCAUGUGCUGAAGAAUUUCCAGCAGGACCACUUCGUCAACGCUAUGCGCGGGCUGCAACGCAGGUUCGGUUACCUUAUUGGGACUGGGCAGUGGCAUCGCCAAACGGCAGUGUGUAUCCGGACAUUGUUCAGCAGCCUCGUGUGUCGGUCGUCAAGUCCGAAGGAACUACCACAAUCGACAAUCCGCUGUAUUCUUACAAAUUUCAUCCUGUAUCGUACAAAGACAUGGAGUUCGAUCCUUUUGCCUCAUGGAAUGAUACCAAGCGAUAUCCGACAGCCUGGACUAGCAGGGCCAGAAGCCAGAACAACCUCAUCGGGCCUAUGCUUGACAACCAACUUGCCUCGUUUGCGAACCGAGUGUACAACCUGCUGACCUUCUACGAUAAUUUUACCCAAUUUUCCAACGAGGCGUGGUACGGCAGGGAGCAGAAUAUCGAUUCUAUCGAAGCUCUGCACGAUACCAUUCAUGCCAUUACCGGGCAGCAGGGACACAUGACUUACCUGGACUACUCUGCUUACGACCCUAUCUUUUGGCUGCAUCAUGUCAAUCUCGACCGUCUCUUCGCUAUCUGGCAAAUCUUACAUCCGAACAGCUAUGUAGAGCCGAUGGCUGCUCUAUCUUCGACAUACACGAUCGUAAAGGGUUCAAUUCAGGAUGCAGAUUCUCCACUAGAGCCUUUCUCGAAGGACACAAACGGCACAAAAUGGACUUCAAACACUGUCAAGGAUACCAGAACCUUUGGCUAUACCUACCCAGAGACUUCAAAGGGCGAUCAAGCAAACGCGAGGGCUGCAGUAAACAGGCUCUACGGCAGCGGCUACAAUGGUGGUGGCCUUAUCGGCGUGCGAGACACACCUGUGACAGCCAGGAAAAUGAGAGGGACUGCGGGCUUUCUCGUGGAUGGCCGCCAACGACAUUAUGCGGCAAGUUUGCUCUCAGAUAAGCACGCCCUCAAUGGCUCCUACGCCAUUCAUGUCUUCGUUGGCGCUUUCGACGAUUCUGAUCCAGGCAGCUGGCCGACGUCACCGAAUCUGGCUGGUACUCAUGCUACGUUUGGCAGCUUGCGAGCAAACGGAGAUGUCGCGCGGAAAUCACUUGUCACAGGAGGGACUAUUCCGCUAACGAACAUUCUUGUCCAAAAGGUUAGCUCGGGUGAUUUAUUUUCGCUCGAAGAAGACAAUGUUGUGCGUUAUCUCGAGGAGAGUCUGCAGUGGAGGGUAGCGACACUCGAUGGCGAACCAGUGCCUGCCGGAGAAGUCUCUGACCUUGAGGUCGUUGUGACUUUGUCAGAAAUCACUCCGGCAGCGAGUGAUCAAGACGUCCCAAUGAAGAAGAAUUUCAAGAAGUUGACUCGAAUCACAAAGGGCAAAGUGGGACGAAGUUGA